AUGGGUUUCUGCGGUCGCCUCAUCGGGACUCUCCCGUACAUGCUGUGCUUCUGCUGCGCCGCCAUCAUCCUGGGCUUCUACUCCUACUUCCUGGCCGUCCUGUCCGACCGCGACCGGCCCAUUCCCAACUGGCAAAAGGCCGUCGAGGGUAUUUCUGGAGUAGGCGUCCUGUACACCAUCCUCGCCAUCGUCCUCACGCCAUGCCUCGGUGGCAUUCGCAUCCUCGCUUUCCUGGGAAUGUUUCUGGACGUUGUCUUCUGCGGCGCUUUCAUUGCCAUCGCCAUCCUGACCCGUGACGGAGUGGACGCGUGCAAUGGCACUGUUGACACCCCGCUCGGCAAGGGCAAUGCCGAGACUGGCGAAGGCUUUGGCAAAGAUGGCUUUGGAACCGGCGAUGGCGAGAAGUUCACCUACCAGGCCAGCUACGGCAGUGCUUGCCGCUUCAACAAGGCAUGCUUCGCUGUCGCUAUCAUUGGAGCUUUCCUUUUCCUCCUCGCUGCCCUCUGCCAAUUCUGGUUUGCUCGCCGUGCUCAGAAGGAGAAGCGCUUCGGCCCCUCGCCCGCCAACAACUACACCUCUGGCAGUGGCAAGGGUGCCGCGUUCUGGAGGCGCAGCAAGAAGAGGACCCCCGGUGACAACCGCGACUCCGAGCUGGGUGCCUUCGGUGCCGGUGCGCCUGCCGCCAGCGCUGUCGGUGGCCCCAACGUCGACACCAGGCCCAGUGGCGAGACCGCCUACACCGGCUCCACUGUUGGAGGCAACAACAACAACACCUACCAACCAUACAAGGCCGACGCCGGUUACACCGGUAGCUACGCAGCUCCCGCUGCCACUGGCCCUACCUCCAACCCCUACGGCUACGAGAAGACGACGCACUACUAG